CAUCCAGGCGGCGGCGGCGACGGCGGCUGUUCCUUAGUGUCCGGCUCAAGCUCCGGCUGCGGCUGCGGCUCCGGCCUGAGAUGCCCCACUCUGUGACCCUGCGCGGCCCUUCGCCUUGGGGCUUCCGCCUGGUGGGCGGCCGGGACUUCAGCGUACCCCUCACCAUCUCGCGGGUCCAUGCUGGCAGCAAGGCUGCAUUGGCUGCUCUGUGCCCUGGAGACCUGAUUCAGGCCAUCAAUGGUGAGAGCACAGAGCUCAUGACACACCUGGAGGCACAGAACCGCAUCAAGGGCUGCAAUGACCACCUCACACUCUCUGUGAGCAGGCCUGAAGGCAGGAGUUGGCCCAGUACCCCAGAGGACAGCAAGGCUCAUGCACACAGGAGCCACAUCGACCCUGAGGUCCAGGAUGGCAGUCCAGCAACCAGCAGGCGGCCCUCAGCCACCGGGACUGGACCAGAAGAUGGCAGACCAGCCCUGGGAUCUCCUUACGGGCAGCCACCUCGCCUCCCAGUCCCUCACAACGGCAGCAGCAGUGAGGCUACCUUACUGGCCCAGAUGAGCAACCUGCAUGUGUCUCCAUCCCACAGCAACGACCCAGCCAGAGGCCUUCCGCGGAGUCGUGACUGUGGAGUCGACCUGGGUUCAGAGGUGUACAGGAUGCUCCGGGAGCCUGCUGAGCCCAUGGCUGCGGCGCCCAAGCAGUCAGGCUCCUUCCGCUACUUGCAGGGCAUGCUAGAGGCCGGCGAGGGCGGGGAACGACCUGGGCCUGGUAGCCCCAGGAACCUCAAGCCCACGGCCAGCAAGCUGGGCGCGCCGCUUAGUGGCCUCCAGGGGCUUCCCGAGUGCACGCGCUGCGGCCACGGCAUUGUGGGCACCAUCGUCAAGGCACGGGACAAGCUCUACCACCCCGAGUGCUUCAUGUGCAGCGACUGCGGCCUGAACCUCAAGCAGCGCGGUUACUUCUUUCUGGACGAGCGGCUCUACUGUGAGAGCCAUGCCAAGGCGCGCGUGAAGCCUCCGGAGGGCUACGAUGUGGUGGCCGUGUACCCCAAUGCCAAGGUGGAACUCGUCUGAGCCGCUCCCGAAACCUCCCGUCCCCACCUCUGCUUCUUUUAAUGUCCCUGCAUGGCCCGUGUAAAUAAUGUGUUUGCGCCCUGCCUAAUAAACUUCCUCUGCUUGGCCUCGACCGUA